UCUAAGGAGCCCAAACGUUUUUGUGGCACAACUACCAACACCUACACCUCCUCAUCGACCACAAGAGAGAAAAAUAAUUCUUUAUCUGCACUCUCCUGAUUUCAUUUUUUUUUAUUCUGCAAUCUUUAAAUCAUUUGCUUUUCCAGUAAAGAGGCCUUUAGGCAAAAAAAACAAAAAAAGAUGAUCUCUCUGUUCUCAUUGAUAUUGGUUUUCUUUGCAUUUGCUGAAGCAGAAGAUCAUGAAUCAAGGGUCACGGUCUAUGCCAACAGGGGCGACAACAUUACUCUGCCUUGUCACCUGGAAAGCAUGACCCCUAUAUUCGGAAGCAGAAUCAGGUGGAGCAAGGUUGAAGAUGACAGUUCAGAAGCUGAUGUACUUAUCGACUUGGGAAUCCACUCGAAGACCUAUGGAGAUUUCCUGGACCGUGUUUACCUGCUGAAGGCAGAUGAUAGUGAUGCAUCCUUGGUCAUCACUGAUUUAGAUGUGAAAGAUUACGGCACGUACAAAUGUGAGAUUCAGAAUGGCUUGCAUGACAAAGUCAUUGAAGUUGACCUCAAAUUACAAGGGGUUGUUUUCCCAUACUCGCCUCGCCUGGGGCGUUACAAUCUCAACUUCAGUGAUGCCCAGGCUGUGUGUCUGGAGCAGGAUGCUGUUUUGGCCUCCUUUGAGCAGCUCUACGAGGCAUGGAAAGGUGGUCUGGAUUGGUGCAAUGCUGGCUGGCUUAGUGAUGGAACUGUGCAGUAUCCAAUCACCAAACCCAGAGAGCCGUGCGGAGGAUCGAAGUUAAUAUCUGGACUGAUAAGCUAUGGCCGGCAGCACAAGUCCAAUAGUCGCUAUGAUGUGUUCUGCUUCACAGCCGGGCUUACAGGAAGAUUCUACUACCUGAUCCAGCCUCAGAAGUUGACCUAUGAUGAGGCUGUGGAUGCAUGCAAGAAAAAUGGAGCCGAGAUCGCAAAGGUGGGCCAUAUGUUUGCUGCCUGGAAGGUGCUGGGAUACGACCGUUGCGAUGCAGGUUGGCUGGCUGAUGGUAGCGUUCGUUACCCUAUCUCCAGGCCCCGGAUGAACUGCAGUCCCACGGAGGCUGCAGUUCGCUUUGUUGGUUUUCCUGACAAAAAGCAGAAGCUUUAUGGUGUUUACUGCUACAAACCUCAGCAGUGAACUUCUACACUGCACAUCAAAGCUUAUGAAGGAUGUUUUGCAUGAAAUAGCCAUAACUGUGACACUUAUUAGUGAUGUAGUAACGACUAGUUUCAUACUGUAACAUUCUCUAUAGCCAUUUGCUUAUGUCUUAUUUACUUUUUAUAUACAGUCAAGUUAUACAUCAUACAUAUUAACAACAGAAUAACAAAAACUGCAUUUGUUAGAGACAGUCAACAAAAAUAAGUUACAGUCACAAUUUCAAUAAAAAUGUGUUAAAUGAGUUUGUUAUACUUUUUUGUGACUUUGCAAUAUUAUAUUUAAAUAUUACUAAACAGUAGACAAAAGUUGUUCAGACAUGCCCAAAAUGAAAAGCAGAUGCAAUUGUAAAUGGACCUGACAUUUUUUUUUCUUUAUUAAUUUAACUGUUAAUUUUUUUUCUUUAUGAUAUCAAUAUAUUUUUAUUAUGUUUAUGAUUCAUGUUGGCUAUACAUUAAAGGGGUAGUUCACCCAAAAAGGAAAAAUUAUUUUAUCAUUUCAUCACCCUCAUUUCAGUACUAAACCUGUAUGAGUUUCUUUUUUUUCAAAAUAAAAUAUUUUGAUAAAUGAUGGUAAUCAACCAGUUGACGGUAAACACUGGCUGACAUAUUAUUCAUUUUUCCUACUAUGGAGGUCAAUAGGGACUGUUGUGCUUACCACCAUUUAUUAAAUACGGUUACACUUUAUUUUGAUAGUCCACUUUAGACAUACUACUAACUAUAACUAAUUUUGCGACUACAUGUCAACUAACUGUCAAUAAUUUGCAACUAUACGUCAACUAACUGUCAUUAGUGUAUUAGUAGACUGUAAGGGUUGGGGUUAGGGAAGAGGUUUGGGUUAGUGGAAUAAGUUGACAUGCACCUGCAAAGAUACUUAUAGAAAGUUGAAUGUCUGUUGAUAUCAUCAAAAUAAAGUGUUAGUAGAUAUAUAGCAGACAGUCUACUAAUACCUUCAGUUGUGUGAAAGUUUUGAAAACCAUGAGGGUAAGGAAAUGAUGACAGAAUUUUCCAUUUUGGGUAAACUAUCCAUUUAACCAAAUACAACCUUUUUGUAAAGUGUAACUAUGACCCUUAUUUUAUACUUAUCUGCUUCAUAUAGUUUAUAACCAGUGUUGGGGAAAGUUACUUUUAAAAGUAAUGCAUUACAAUAUUAAGUUACUCCCAAAAAAAGUAACUAAUUGCGUUACGUAGUUACUUUUCAUGGAAAGUAAUGCUUACGUUACUUUUUAGUUACUUUUGCAUUACUUUAUCUUGGCUGAGGCUUGAUCUCUUUCAGGCCUUGCAGGUUUUUUUUAUGACUGAAAAGUUCUGCAUUCAGAAAUUGCAUAUUUCAUCACAAAAAUGUUGAGCUCUGGCCUGCCAUCUUAGUUUCUGACUCAAACUGUUCCCACAGAGGCGUGAACGCAUAGAUUGCAUAAUGUGACUACGUUUAGUUUAAUUCAGUAUUUUUUUUAUCGAAUUAAUUAAACUAAAAAAGUAACUUGCAUAAUUUUUUUUGAAAAAGUAACUCAAAUAUCAAUGUUUACAUUUUAAAAGUAAUGCGUUACUUCAGAAAAGUCAUAUUAUUACGUAAUGCACGUUACCUGUAAUGCAUUACCCCCAACACUGUUUAUAACUUUGAACUCAUACGAUUGUGUUUAAAUAUGUUCCUCCCUGACCAUUUCAUCACAGUCGGUGGCUGAAUUUGUCAAACUGCUAAUGAUGCAGUGGAAUGUAUUGUUUGGUAGAGAACUGAUAGAGACACAUGAGAAUCUUUCAUAUUUUAAGACUAUCUUGAGCCUUGUAGUUGCUUAAGUGUAAAUUACUCCAAAUACAAGACAAUUGCUUCUAAUGUCAGGCAUAGUGUGAUGGAUUUAGCAUAAAAGAGAUAUCUGUUUACCAAUGAGUGAAACAUUUAUGUCUUGCCACAUUGUUUUGAUAUAUGUACAGUUAGGGGAGGAAAGACUGUCCACCUGUAACUCUGUAACUGAACUGCAAAACCCACAGUGCACAUACCUGAGAUUUUGCAUGAAAUAUCUUUUUUUUUCUAUUUAAAAUGCAGUGUACCAUUUCAAAAUCAAAUGAAAAAUAAAAACCAAUAAAAAUUGAA